AUGGCUGAGCAGCUUGUUCUCAAGGGCACCCUCGAGGGCCACAAUGGCUGGGUCACCAGCUUGGCCACCUCCAUCGAGAACCCCAACAUGCUCCUGUCCGGUUCUCGUGACAAGACCCUGAUCAUCUGGAACCUCACCCGCGACGAGUCCCAGUACGGUUACCCCAAGCGAUCUCUGCACGGUCACUCCCACAUCGUCUCCGACUGUGUCAUCUCCUCUGACGGCGCUUACGCUCUGUCUGCCUCUUGGGACAAGACCCUGAGACUCUGGGAGCUCGCUACCGGCACCACCACCCGUCGCUUCGUCGGCCACACCAACGACGUCCUGUCCGUUUCUUUCUCCGCCGACAACCGACAGAUCGUCUCUGGUUCCCGCGACCGCUCCAUCAAGCUGUGGAACACCCUCGGUGACUGCAAGUACACCAUCACCGACAAGGGCCACACCGAGUGGGUCUCCUGCGUUCGGUUCUCCCCCAACCCCCAGAACGCUGUCAUUGUCUCCUCCGGCUGGGACAAGCUCGUCAAGGUCUGGGAGCUCUCCACCUGCAAGCUGCAGACCGACCACAUCGGCCACACCGGCUACAUCAACACCGUCACCAUCUCCCCCGAUGGAUCUCUGUGUGCCUCCGGCGGCAAGGAUGGUACCACCAUGCUGUGGGACCUUAACGAGUCCAAGCACCUCUACUCCCUGAACGCCAACGACGAGAUCCACGCCCUUGUCUUCUCCCCCAACCGAUACUGGCUCUGCGCCGCCACCUCUUCCUCCAUCAUCAUCUUCGACCUGGAGAAGAAGACCAAGGUCGACGAGCUGAAGCCCGACUUCGCCGCCACCGGCACCUCCAAGAAGGCCCGCGACCCCGAGUGUGUGUCCCUCGCCUGGUCCGCCGACGGCCAGACCCUGUUCGCCGGUUAUACCGACAACAUCAUCCGUGCCUGGGGUGUCAUGUCCAGGGCAUAA